GAUCCUGAAGGAGAGAAUCUUUGGAUCCUGAGAAGUUUUUUAACGAAGGUGAUAUACAAAAUUUCAGAGAACAAUUUCAACAUCGCUCUGGUGAAGGUUAUACUUAGCUCUGAACCACAUUACUUUCCUGUCUACGUUUCAUUUCCUGGGGUCUUGCCAAGUGAUAAACAGACCCAGGCGUGCAGUAGGUUUGGGGUUUUUCUGCACAAAUAGGGUAGCUGGAGUUUGCUUCAAGGCAUCAGUUGACUUCCGUGAUUAUGGAUAUGCUGGUGUAAGGCCUUCAGGAGACAAUGGAGAAAAAAUGGACCUACUGUGCUGUCUGUUCCAUCAUCCAGAUACAUUUCAUCAGGGGAGUAUGGGAAAAAACAUCCAAUACAGAAGACAUCUAUGCUUUCCCUGGCUCUGAUGUCAACCUAACCUGUCAAACAUGGAAGAAAGGCUUCUUGGUGCAGAUGCAAUGGUCCAAGGUCACUGAUAAAUUGGAUCUGAUUGCCCUUUAUCAUCCGCAGUAUGGCUUGCACUGUGCUAAUGGCGGUCCCUGUGAGUCACUGGUGACCUUCACAGAAACUUCCAGAAAUGUGUCAACGUGGAUUCUGCACUUAAAGAACGUGUCCUCCUCACUCACUGGGAAGUAUGAGUGUGGCUUUACUCUGUAUCCGGAGGGUGUUCGGACUAAAAUCUACAACCUACUCCUUCAGACAAAUGUUACACAGAAUGAAUGGAGAAGCAGCAAUAUAAUAGAAGUACAGAUAAAUCAGACUGUGGAAAUACCAUGCUUUCAAAAUAUCUCCUCAGAAAUUUCGUCUGAGUUCACCUUUGCAUGGUUGGUGCAGGAGGAUAAUGGAACUCGGGAAACACUUAUCACCCAAGGUCAAUCCAUCAGCAAUUCCACAUUAUUUAAAGACAGAGUCAAGCUAGGUACAGACUAUAAACUCUACCUCUCUCCAGUCCAAAUCCACGAUGAUGACCAGAAGUUCUCCUGCCACGUUAUGGUCAGACCUGGCAAAAUCUUGAGGAGUUCCACCACAGUCAAGGUUUUUGCUAAGCCAGAAAUCCCCACGAUUGUGGAAAAUAACUCUACGGAUGUCUUGAGAGAGAGAACAUUUACCUGCUCCCAGAGGAAUGUAUUUCCCACAGCAAAUCUCACGUGGUUUAUAGAAGGAGGCUUUCCUCAAGGUGAAAAAGAAGGAAUAUACAUUACUAAUGAAGAGAGAAAAAUCAAAGGUGGAUUUUUGGAGCUGAAGUCUGUUUUGACAAGGGUGUAUGGUAAUAAACCAGCCCAAUCAAAUAACCUGACCAUCUGGUGUAUGGCCCUAUCUCCAGUCCCCGGAAAUAAAGUGUGGAACAUCUCAUCUGAAAAGAUCACUUUUUCCUUGGGCUCAGUGAACCCUUCAGCAAGUCCUCCGCUUGAUGUUGUCACAUCGACCCUUGGCACCCGACCUUCUCCAGUCAACAGCAUAUCUCCUAAAAGAUAUCCAGCUGUAUCUUCCACAGCCCUUGGAGAAGUGGGUACUCCGACUCCAAAUACCACCCCUCAAACCAGCAAUUCCAGUGUGACUACCCAAGGCUUCAACUACUCCUGGACCCCCAGCAGGCAAGAUACCCAAAACUCAGCUUCAUGGAUGCCCAGUGAAACAUAUAGUUCAUCCCCCUCAGGUGCAAGCUCAACAAUUCAUGGUGAUGUCUUCACCAGCACAACCAGAACAUUUUCAGAGGUUCCCACAACUGCCAAUGGAUCGACAAAAAAUAUUCACAUCCAUAUCACUGGUAUUGUGGCCAAUAAACCUAAAGAUGGAAUGUCCUGGCCGGUGAUUGUAGCAGCUUUGCUCUCUUUCUGCAUAGCAUUGUUUGGUCUUGGAGUGAGAAAAUGGUGUCAAUACCAGAAGGAAAUCAUGGAAAGACCCCCGCCUUUCAAGCCACCUCCACCUCCCAUCAAGUACACUUGCAUUCAAGAGUCCAUUGGAAGUGAUCUGCCUUGUCAUGAGAUGGAGACACUCUAGCACCCUUGAGACUUUGCCGUACAGAAUUCUGCUAGAAUCCUGUGAGAAGGUGGAUAUUGUGCUUUAUUAAUAUAAUUGCCCUCUAGCCAAGCCUGUACUGCAGCUGAAAUGGAUGUCAGAAGUGAAUGACCUGUUCUCCCAGCAACUCAGCCUCUUUCAUCUGCACGUGCCUGAAAUUGAGCAAGAAUGAGAGGCGAAGUCAUGCUCAUACCCAAUGCGAUCUGUAGGAAUGUUCUCGCUUAUGUAGAAAGUGCAAAUUAGGCUGCUGUUAUUAAAAAGUACUUGCAGUGUUUUUAUUUUUCACUUUAGUUCUCUGACUGAGGUGACGACAGUGGUUUCAAGCAUAUGUCCAUGCCAGAUCCUCUUCUAUUUGGGUAUCUGCCAACAUUCUAAACUAUUUGCCAAAAGUAUGAUCAUCUCUGAGGUUUGUUGCAUUCCCUAGGAAAAUUACAAAAAGAAGAAAAUGUGAAAGUUCUAGCAGGAGUUCCAAAUAAGUGCAGGUAGUCUUUGUACUGAAAAUAUUUUGCUUAUUUUCACUAGAGAAAAUCCUAAUACCUUGCACAAGACACCAGUCCCAGUCCCCCUUCCUCCCACCAUGUUCUGCCCAGCAUCCUGCCCCAUGGAAUGAGGAGGGGUCAAAGGGAAAAAACUAGCCAACAACCAAGUAGCCUAGUAGACAUAGGUAACAUUUCAUUGGCCUCUAAAUGACAUGAACUAAGAGUGGUCUCAUCCUCAGCUUUACCUCUGUGUGUGUGUGAGUGUGUGUGAGUGUGCGCGUGGGUACAUCAAACUAUUACCAAACUGUUACAUGAAUAAACAGGCAACCUAGCCCCAAUCCAACUCCUGUAAUUCCUAUUAUUCUCUUUUUCAUCUGGGCACUCUCCUGUUCAUCCAAUCUGCAUGUUUUUAUCUGUCUUGAAAUAAAUACAGGCUCAAAUCAUUCUAGCAUUGAUGAAUUAAUCCUGCUCCUACCAAUCUUUUACAAAAAUAGUUCAAACAGAAUGUAUAGGUAAUAGAGACAAAACCUAGCUAGCCAAACCUGUUCUGUAUUCAACGAGAGUUCCUAAGUGAAUAAAUUACUGAUGCUCCUUGUUCCUCUAAACCACCCAAACACCCCUGCCCGAGGAAGGAGCAACAGAUGUUGCUGCCAGAUAUGACAGGCAAAUGCUGUACCGACUUUAGUCUCAAAAGGAACAUUUAUUCAUUUGCAGUGUACUUAUCCCUGACCACAUGUGUGAAUAACUUGGAGAGUUUUUUUGAGUUUUUUUGAACAUCAGGACUGUCCCAGUCCAGAACAAUGAAAUCAGAAUCCCUGUGGAGUGAGGCCCAGGCAUCAGCACUUCCAGGUGAUUCGAGAGUUCAGCCAAAGUUGAGAACUGCUGAAACCAGUGGAGGUCCCUUCUCAUUAAUCAGAAUCUCGGUUAGGUACUUAUUUCUUGUGGUGACCAGCCUCUAAUGUGUCCGUCAUGAUUCUUGCCUCUUAGAUAGUCCCCUCUGAUAGUGAAUGCAACUGACUUAUAUAUAGCUGGCCAGGACUAGGGUAAGGCAAGGAAGACACCUAGGGUAUAAAAUUUAAGGAGAUAUUCAAAUCCAGGGCCAUGCACUUGUACAGUCUUGUGAGUACCAGUUGCAGGCCCAGUAUAACCGAUAAGAUAUGCAGAAGUCACCAGAGUGUGACUUCUAAGGCUAGGUCACAAGAUACAUGGUAGCUUCUGCCUUGAUCUCUCUUUGAUCACUCUCUCUGGAAGAAUCUCUUUGCCAUGAUGUGAGGACACUCAAGCAGCCCUAUUUGGAGGGCCACCUGUCAAGGAACUGAAGCCUCUUGCUAACAACAAGUAUCAACUAGCCAGCCAUAUGAGCGAGCCAUCUUGGAAGCAUGUCCUCCAGUCUCCACUCAAGUCUUUACUUAACUGCAACCUCAGUUGAUCUUUUGACUGGGACCUCAUGAGAGCCAGAACCACUCAGCUAACCUCUUCUGAAUUCCUGACCCACAGACACUGUGUGGGAUAACAAAUACUUAUUAUUUAGCACCACUGUCUUUAGGUAUAAUAUGUUACAAUAGUAAUAGAUAACUAAUACAGCCCAAUGAAUGGAAAAAUAAUGUUUGUCUGCCUUAAUUACCCUCGAUUCCUCAUUAAUUCUCAAGAAAUAAAUAAGAUUAACUUCA